AUGAAGGGAUUCCUGUCGGUUCUUUUAUUAUGCGGAGCUUUGAGCACCAUAGAAUGUUACGUUUCUAGCAAGCAUAGACAUGGUGGAAGCAUUUCCGGUGGAUUAGAAGUUGGAUUGGGACAUGAUAGUGUGGGACAUUCUAAGGAAUUGAGUGGAUCUGGAUCUUUACACGGUGGUUUGGGCGGAAGUGGAUCUUUAAGCAGUUCUCAAAGCUCGUCUCAAAGUAGCAGCGGAAGUCUCGGAGGUGGUUUCGGAGGAGGCCACGGUGGAGCCGGUGGAUUGGGAGUUGCUGGAGGACAUGGAGGAGCCGGUGGAUUAGAAUUUGCUGGAGGUCAUGGAGGAGCUGGCGGAUUGGGAGUUAGUGGAAGUCACGGAGGAGCUGGCGGAUUGGGAGUUAGUGGAAGUCACGGAGGAGCUGGAGGAUUGGGAGUUAGUGGAAGUCACGGUGGAGCUGGCGGAUUAGGAGUUACCGGAGGACUCGGUGGAUUGGAAGUAACUGGAGUUCAUGGAGGUGCUGGUAGAUUAGAAGUUACCGGAGGACAUGGUGGAGCCGGCGGACUAGAAUUUGCUGGAGGUCAUGGAGGAGCUGGUGGAUUAGGAGUUAGCGGUGGUCACAGUGGAGCCGGUGGAUUAGGACUUAGUGGUGGUCACAGUGGAGCCGGUGGAUUAGGACUUAGUGGUGGUCACGGUGGAGCUGGCGGAUUAGGAGUUGCCGGAGGUCACGGUUCUGCUGGAGGUUUUGGAGUUUCUGGAGGUCGUGGAGUACAUGGCGGAGCCGGUGGACUCGGCGUUAGUGGGGCUCACGGUGGUGCCGGUGGAUUAGGAGGUGUUGGAAUUCAUGGCGGAGCCGGUGGACUCGGCGUUAGUGGUGCACAUGGCGGAGCUGGUGGACUCGGCGUUAGUGGGGCUCACGGUGGUGUCGGUGGAUUAGGAGGUGCUGGAGUUCAUGGAGGAUACGGAGGACUAGGUGGUGCCGGUGGAUACGGUGGAGGUCGUGGAGUACAUGGUGGAGCAGGCGGCUUUGGAGGCUCCGGCGUUCACGGCGGUGGUUUCGGAGGAUCAGGCGUUCACGGUGGUGGUUUCGGUGGAUCAGGUGUUCACGGCGGCGGUUUGGGUGGAUCAGGCUUACACGGAGGUUUCGGUGGAUCAGGAGGUUCAUUUAGCCAAUCUAGCAGCCAAUCCAGUAGUUCUGGCUUCGGAGGCUCCGUAAGUCAUUCUAGCAGUUCUUCCGGAUUGGGUGGAAGUAUAUCAUCAUCUCAUUCUAAAGCCAGUUCGGUUGGUGGAGGAGGAAGUGGAGUAGGUGCUAGUAGUGAUGCAAGUUCUGGUUUUGGAGGUUUUUCGGGCUCCAAAUCCGGUAGUUCUGCUUUUGCGGGUUCCGGAGGUAGCGGAUUCGGAGGAGGACUCGGUGGAGGACUCGGUGGAGGAUCUUCAUCUAGCUCCCAAUCGUCAUCCGGUUCAUUAUCUGGAGGAUUAGGUGGAGUUAGUGGUGGACUUGGCGGUGUUCACGGAGGAGGAUUAAGUGGAGGAAGUCUUAGCGGAGGACUCGGUGGUGGAAGCCAUGGCAGCGGAUUCGGAGGAGGACUCGGUGGAGGAUUAAGUGGUGGGUCCUCAUCUAGUUCAUCGUCUGGCUCAGUAUCAGGAGGGUUAGGCGGAGUUAGCGGUGGAGUCGGUGGUGUUCACGGAGGAGGACUCAGUGGAGGAAGCCUUAGCGGAGGACUCGGUGGAGGCAGUCUAAGUGGAGGACUCGGAGGUGGAUCUUCAUCUAGCUCCCAAUCAUCAUCCGGUUCAUUAUCUGGAGGAUUAGGUGGAGUUAGUGGUGGACUUGGCGGUGUUCACGGAGGAGGACUCAGUGGUGGACUUGGAGGAGGCAGCCUUAGCGGAGGUCUCAGUGGUGGAAGUCAUAGCGCUGGAUUUGGUGGAGGUUUAAGUGGCGGAUCUUCCUCUAGUUCAUCUUCCGGUUCAUUAUCAGGAGGAUUAGGCGGAGUUAGCGGUGGAGUCGGAGGUGUUCACGGAGGAAAAUUCAGUGGAGGAAGUCUUAGCGGAGGACUCGGAGGUGGAAGUCUUAGCGGAGGACUUGGUGGAGGAAGUCAUAGCGGUGGAUUUGGAGGAGGUUUAGUUGGUGGAUCUUCCUCUAGUUCAUCUUCCGGUUCAUUAUCUGGAGGAUUAGGUGGAGUUAGUGGUGGACUUGGCGGUGUUCACGGAGGAGGAUUAAGUGGAGGAAGUCUUAGCGGAGGACUCGGUGGUGGAAGCCAUGGCAGCGGAUUCGGAGGAGGACUCGGUGGAGGAUUAAGUGGUGGGUCCUCAUCCAGUUCAUCGUCUGGCUCAGUAUCAGGAGCGUUAGGCGGAGUUAGCGGUGGAGUCGGUGGUGUUCACGGAGGAGGACUCAGUGGAGGAAGCCUUAGCGGAGGACUCGGUGGAGGCAGUCUAAGUGGAGGACUCGGAGGUGGAUCUUCAUCUAGCUCCCAAUCAUCAUCCGGUUCAUUAUCUGGAGGAUUAGGUGGAGUUAGUGGUGGAGUCGGUGGUGUUCACGGAGGAGGAUUAAGUGGAGGACUCGGUGGAGGCAGUCUCAGCGGUGGACUUGGUGGAGGAUCCUCAUCUAGCUCGCAAUCAUCAUCUGGUUCAUUAUCAGGAGGAUUAGGUGGAGUCAGUGGCGGAGUCGGCGGUGUUCACGGAGGAGGACUAAGUGGAGGAAGCCUUAGCGGAGGUCUCGGUGGUGGAAGCCUUAGCGGAGGUCUCGGUGGUGGAAGUCAUAGCGGUGGAUUUGGAGGAGGUUUAAGUGGCGGAUCUUCCUCUAGUUCAUCUUCCGGUUCAUUAUCAGGAGGAUUAGGCGGAGUUAGCGGUGGAGUCGGAGGUGUCCACGGAGGAAAAUUCAGUGGAGGAAGUCUUAGUGGAGGACUCGGAGGUGGAAGUCUUAGCGGGGGACUUGGUGGAGGAUCUUCAUCUAGUUCACAAUCAUCAUCUGGUUCAUUAUCAGGAGGAUUAGGUGGGGUUAGUGGAGGAGUUGGUGGCGUUCACGGAGGAGGACUUAGCGGAGGACUCGGUGGAGGUAGUCUCAGCGGAGGACUCGGUGGAGGAUCUUCAUCUAGCUCGCAAUCAUCUUCCGGUUCAUUGUCAGGAGGAUUAGGCGGAGUUAGCGGUGGAGUCGGAGGUGUCCACGGAGGAAAAUUCAGUGGAGGAAGUCUUAGCGGAGGACUCGGUGGUGGAAGUCUUAGUGGAGGACUCGGAGGUGGAAGUCUUAGCGGGGGACUUGGUGGAGGAUCUUCAUCUAGUUCACAAUCAUCAUCUGGUUCAUUAUCAGGAGGAUUAGGUGGGGUUAGUGGAGGAGUUGGUGGCGUUCACGGCGGAGGACUUAGUGGAGGACUCGGUGGAGGUAGUUUUAGCGGAGGACUCGGUGGAGGAUCUUCUUCUAGUUCGCAAUCGUCAUCCAGUUCAUUAUCAGGAGGUUUAGGUGGAGUCAGCGGCGGUGUUCACGGAGGAAAAUUUGGAGGACUUAGUGGAGGUGGUCUCGGUGGCGUUCACGGAGGUGCAUUAGGAGGAGGGCUCACUUUUGGUGUUAGCAAAGGUCAUGGCGGAAGCUUCGGCAUCGGUGGUGGAUUGGGUAAAGUAUCGGGAGGAUUUCAUAAAGGCAGCGGAGGAUAUUUAAGUGGAGGAAGUGGUGGAGGUUUCGGUGGAGGCCUUGGUGGAGGUCUCGGUGGAGGUCUCGGCAGUCAAUCUUCUAGUCAAUCAAGCGGUUUCGGUGGCUCUGGAAGUUCAUCUUCCAGUCAAUCCAGCAGCUCUUCUUUCGGUGGUCACUCAUCGAGUGGAUCACAAUCAUUUUCCACAGGGUCUUUAACUCAUGCAUCAUCUCAAAGCAAAAGUGAUUCAAUAAUAUUUAAUUAA